AUGAGUUCACAAAUACCAAAACCCGACAAUGAAGAUUACGUAGCUUUUUGGCAUGAAACGGAGAAAAGAGAUAAAUAUCUAAAAGACAAUUUUGGAAAGUUACCAGAGGAAUACCAAAAAUUAGUAAGAAAUAUUGGGGACCGAGAGCUGGGACCAUCAUAUAGUGGCUUCCAACUUCUUGCAAUAGCUGUAUGGCUGAGAAAUGAAGAACAAUAUACGGCAAUAGAUUAUUGGCAAGGAACGACUACUACCACUGAACAAGCCGCUACAACCACUGAACCCGCAGCUACGACCACUAUAUUUA